CUGACGUCAUCAAGCCUCUCCUGCGUGUACACGCGCCGGUUUUCCUCGAUAUGGAAACAUGGCGACUUACACCAGCCCAGAGGAAGACAUGACCAUGAUACACAAGGAUGAAGGGGUAGAGGAAGACCGGCCUGCGCCAAGACCUGACAGCGGGAGCAGUGAUGAUUCCAUGGACAGCCUGCCGGGCCACGCUCAGCGAUGUCUUCUGACCCCUUCGCUUUCCCCACGGAAACGGACAACCAGCCAAUCCAAAUCAGAGCCCCCUUUGCUGAGAACCAGUAAGAGGACCAUCUACACAGCCGGGAGACCACCCUGGUACAACGUUGCGGGGACCACCUUUACAGAGGCGUUUGUCAUCGGCCUCUGUGGAGGGAGUGCUUCUGGGAAAACCACUGUGGCCAAUAAGAUCAUUGAGGCGCUGGAUGUUCCCUGGGUGGUUCUUCUCUCAAUGGACUCCUUUUACAAGGUAUUGAAUAAAGAAGAGCAGGAGUUGGCCGGUAAGAACGAGUACAACUUCGACCACCCCGAUGCCUUUGACUUUGAGCUGCUGGUCACUGUGCUGAGGAAGCUGAAGAAAGGCAAGAGCAUCAAAGUUCCGGUCUACGACUUCACCUCCCACAGCAGGAGAAAAGACUGGAAAACUGUUUACGGGGCCAAUGUCGUCAUCUUCGAGGGCAUUCUGGCCUUCGCCAACAAGGAGCUGCUAAAGCUGUUAGACAUGAAGGUCUUUGUGGAUACCGACUCGGACAUCCGUCUGGUGCGGCGGCUGAAGAGGGACAUCACGGCCCGCGGCCGGGACAUCGGCGGCGUAAUCCGGCAGUACAAUCGAUUCGUAAAGCCGGCCUUUGAGCAGUACAUCGAACCCACGGUCCCGCUGGCUGACAUCGUGGUGCCCAGAGGGGGGGACAACUUCGUAGCGCUGGACCUCAUAGUCCAGCAUGUCCACAGCCAGUUGGAGAAGCGGGAGAUCACAGUAAGGUCAGCCCUGGCCUCAGCCCACCAGGGUCAGCCCCUCCCCAAGACCCUCAGCCUGAUGCUGGCCACGCCACAGGUCCGGGGAAUGCACACCAUCAUCAGGAACAAGGAAACGAAUCGCGAUGAGUUCAUCUUCUAUUCCAAGAGGUUAAUGAGACUGUUAAUAGAGCACGCCCUCUCGUUCCUACCUCUGAAGCCAGUGUUGGUGGAGACGCCACAGGGAGCACUUUACGAGGGCAAGAGGCUCAGCGGCAGUAGAAUCACAGGCGUGUCCAUCCUGAGGGCCGGGGAGACCAUGGAGCAGGCUCUGACAGCCGUGUGCAAAGACAUCCGGCUGGGGAAGAUCCUGAUCCAGACCAACCACCACACAGGGGAGCCCGAGCUGCACUACCUGCGCCUUCCCAAGGAGAUCAGUGAGGAUUACGUCAUCUUGAUGGACAGCACCGUGUCCACCGGGGCCGCCGCCCUCAUGGCCAUCAGGGUGCUGCUGAUCCACGUAACACCCACCACCUCAGAGCCAUCAGUGAAGCUACUGGUAACAACGGCUGUGUCGGUGUAUGUGUCCCAGGACCACGACGUGCCAGAGGAAAGGAUCUUCCUGCUCUCCCUCCUCAUGGCAGAGAUGGGCGUCCACUCCGUGGCGUACGCCUUCCCGGGGGUCCGCAUCAUUACCACGGCCGUGGACAAGGAGGUCAACGAGCAGUUCCACAUCAUCCCGGGCAUCGGUAACUUCGGUGACCGCUACUUUGGGACGGACGCCCCUUUGGACUAGUAUGAAAGUGACCAAUGGAUGGACUACUGAGUAGAAGCAGUGUGAAACACGGUACCCCUACUUUAACCAUGGCAUCUACUGGAGUUAACAGUUAUUAUGUGACGUCACCACAAUUUGAAGUCACCUGGAAUUAAAAAGUAUAUUUGAAUUCAAACUCAGUAAAAAAUGGGAAAUCUGGAAUCAAACAGGUCAAAGUGUUGGUGGUAUUUAAUGUGCCAUGCUUGUGUCAAGCUGACAGAAGUCCGCUUGGAUAGCUGGUUGCCCCCUGACAUGCUGGUUUCCCCCUGACAUGCUGUUAUGUAGCAGGUUUGUACAACGCUUGCUGCUGAAUACCCUCUUCUCUAUAUUGUAAAUGUCUUUCAGGUGUUUCAACCGCUCCAGAAGGAGUGUAUCUGAACCAAUUCAAGGUGCUCAAUGACAAGACUCAGAUAUCUAUUAAAACUGGGUUCUAUUCACUGUUUUCUUUGUCAUGAUAGUCCAAAGGUCAGGUUUGAUUUCUUUGGUUGGCUUCUUGAUAUUCACGAUGAGCCUGCAUAAUCAACCAUCGGCAAAACUUUCCCAAUCUAAAUGCAUACAUGCAUCAUUGAGUUUAAAACAAAUUGCUGCCUGGAUCAAGAAGUCAUAGCUUGGGAUCCAGUGGUCAUAGCCUUGGUUCCAGAAGUCGUACCUUGGGAUCCAGAGGUCACACCCUGGAUCCAGAGGUCACACCCUGGAUCCAGAGGUCAUAACCUGGAUCCAGACCAAUCUGACAGCUCAUGUAUUUUUAUUUGCCCUCGUAUUUGACUAGCCAAUCUCCAGCUACAGGAGCCAGGCAGUACCUACCAUAAUAGACUGUGUUGAAGACUGAGGUUUAGGUCUUUAAGGUAAUUUUGAUAUUUCUUCCUUUGGCUCUUCACACUAAGCGCCCCAUUCAGUAUGAGAGUUGUCAUUGAUACUAACGUUUGACACUACAAGUCUAGCGUCACAAUCUAUCUCUGCAUCUCAUUCUGUUGAUGGCAGAUAUUAGUGUUGCUUUAACAUGCACUAUCUUUACUUGCAAGGAUACAAUCUUUGCAUAUGAUAUGACUCAUAUUAAUGUAUGUAGUCAGAUAUGAAUGAACUUUCUCCCUCAGGAGGAAGCCUGUAUUUGCUGCUGGCGGUUUAACAUCAGCCAUUCAUCCAGGUUCAAUUCAAUACUUGAAGUUUUGUAUGUAAAUGUCUCCUUAUUGUAAGUUUUGUGUAAACUGCAUCCCUCCCUGUCUCAACAAAGCCUGGUAUAUUUAUUGAUGUGUUGAAAUACCUAAGGUCAUAAUUUACCUCCACAAUUUGACAUUAAAAGUCAUGGUGCAAUUUUA